GCUUCCGUGCGCAACCCCGCGGCGCCGUCGUACCGCACCGCCAAACUGGACGCGUCUUUGGAGUAAGGCGAUUUGCAGCAGCUUCAAACUUCGACGGGGCUUGCUGCAGCGACAGGUGUUUGCGAAACUAACGAUGGCUUUGCCUCUCCCCUCGGGUCUCGUACCCGCCGAAGUGGCUUUCCUAUGCGAGAUGGAGCUCGUCACAAUCGUUCCCCGCCAGCGGCUAGAAACCAUCGAUCUAUUGAGCGGUGCAACUCCAGCCUUGCGACCCCCGGCACGUGCUGACUUGCCUCUUUGGUUGGCACUCCUCCUCAAGAAGCAACGACGAGCAAAUAUUGUCGCACCGCAGUGGCUCCAUCCGACUUCCCUAGCCAAAAUCGUACAUCAAGAAACGACACUCAACCCCGACGCCUUCUCUGCUCCCCCGCCACCUCCUGCACGAGGCGACGCAAGAGGCAAUGCCCGAAGACUAGGCGCGACCCUCGACGAAACCCUGUCACCGCCGUUCCUGCCGUCAUGUACAGCCGAUGCGCCUCCGAAUGCGCUCCCCUACCACUGGUUCGAGCUCGCCGAGGUCCUGCUCGCCCACGCAUCCGACGAUAUACCUUCCAUUUCUGAGGUGAGGUCUCUCCUCAAGGACCUUCAGGAGGUGCGAUCCGCCAAGAUGCGCAAGAGUACGCAGGAUCUUUCCGACGGUGUAGGCGGUGUCAUGAGUUUGCGUGGAGUUGGAGCGAUGGAGCUGGCUGAGAGUCGCGGCUUCUUACUGGGCGUCAUAGAAGGUGUACGGAAGAUUGGCGCCAGUGCGGAAGCCAGCAGGCGUGAGGAAGAGGAGGAACGAGGCAGCGGGGAUGGCGAUUAUGAUGAAGACGAAGACAUGCUAUGAUACCCAGCGUUUCCAACGCCAAUACAACGAAGAGAAGUUGCGCUCAUGCGCCGAUUGCGUCUGCCACGACCAUCGUACGGACUGGCUUUCGGAAGAAGUCAUGUCAGUCCACGCUCUGCUGAUUACCCCCAGCAUCUCGAACGAUCUGCUCCAGAUUCUGCCAUCAGCCGAUCAGUUCUAAACACCGGAAGCAUCACCAGGUGGUAAGAUAGGCGUUCAUGAUACAUAUUCACACUAGCCCAAUAAUGCUUCAAUAGGGCAAUGUCAAUUCGAACCAAAUCUACGAGUCUAAUACCUAUGCCAUUCAAACAUCCAGC